GUGACCUGGUGCUGCCUGUGCUGCCCUGUGUAGUGUGAUGUCCUCAGUUGGCGGCUAUGUCACAAAUGACUACAGUCCUGGGCUGAGGGCUAUAUUGCCCACCCUGAGCAGGAUGGAGACAAAAACGCCAGCUGGACAUGAUGGGAGGGUGGUCCUGAGGGGCACAGAGUGACAACCCAGCGCAGCAAGCAAGCUGCCUUGCCUGGCUUUGCCGUUCCAGGAUUUCCUGCUCAGACCAAGGAGGAGAGGCUGGGGUUGGCACCGUUACCAGCCUUGUCCUCGUGAGACACAGACUCCAGCCCCGGGGGGAUUAAGGUGACAGUGCCAGGUGGAUCAGCACCAUUCCACCGCCCCUCCGUGGAGCUGUGCCAAGAGUAGGGGAACAUGGAGGAGAGGAAGCAGGAGACAACAAACCAAGCUCACGUCCUCUUUGACCGCUUUGUCCAGGCCACCACCUGCAAGGGGACCCUCAGGGCCUUCCAAGAGCUCUGUGACCACCUGGAGCUGAAGCCCAAGGACUACCGGUCCUUCUACCACAAGCUCAAGUCCAAGCUCAACUACUGGAAGGCCAAAGCCCUCUGGGCCAAAUUGGACAAGCGGGGCAGUCACAAAGACUACAAAAAGGGCAAAGCCUGCACCAACACAAAGUGUCUCAUCAUUGGAGCUGGCCCCUGUGGGCUGCGCACAGCCAUCGACUUGUCCUUGUUGGGAGCCAAGGUGGUGGUUAUUGAAAAGCGAGAUGCCUUCUCCCGCAACAACGUCUUACAUCUCUGGCCCUUCACCAUACACGAUCUCCGAGGCCUGGGCGCCAAGAAAUUCUACGGCAAGUUCUGUGCGGGAGCCAUCGACCAUAUCAGUAUCCGUCAGCUCCAGCUAAUCCUCUUGAAGGUAGCCUUGAUCUUGGGCAUUGAGAUCCACGUCAAUGUGGAAUUCCAAGGACUUGUUCAGCCUCCCGAGGACCAAGAGAAUGAACGGAUAGGAUGGCGAGCAUUGGUGCACCCCAAAACUCAUCCUGUAUCAGAAUAUGAAUUUGAAGUUAUCAUCGGUGGAGAUGGGCGUAGGAACACCUUGGAAGGAUUUCGUCGAAAAGAAUUUCGUGGCAAGCUAGCCAUUGCCAUUACAGCAAAUUUUAUCAACCGCAACACAACCGCAGAGGCCAAAGUGGAGGAGAUUAGCGGGGUGGCUUUUAUAUUCAACCAAAAAUUUUUCCAGGAGCUGAGAGAAGCCACAGGUAUUGACUUAGAGAACAUCGUCUACUACAAAGAUGACACACACUACUUUGUCAUGACGGCCAAAAAGCAGAGUUUGCUGGACAAGGGGGUGAUCCUGCAUGACUACACAGACACGGAGCUGUUGCUUUCCCGGGAGAACGUGGACCAGGAGGCCCUGCUGAACUAUGCCCGGGAGGCCGCAGACUUCUCUACCCAGCAGCAGCUGCCUUCUCUGGAUUUCGCCAUCAAUCACUACGGGCAGCCAGACGUGGCCAUGUUUGACUUUACCUGCAUGUAUGCCUCUGAAAAUGCCGCCUUGGUCCGGGAACAGAACGGACACCAGUUACUAGUAGCUUUGGUUGGAGACAGCCUCCUGGAGCCUUUCUGGCCAAUGGGGACAGGAAUAGCCCGGGGCUUUCUGGCUGCUAUGGACUCUGCCUGGAUGGUACGAAGCUGGUCUCUGGGCACCAGCCCCUUGGAAGUCCUGGCAGAAAGGGAAAGCAUUUAUAGGUUGCUGCCUCAGACCACCCCUGAGAACGUGAGCAAAAACUUCAGCCAAUAUAGCAUCGACCCUGUCACCAGGUACCCCAAUAUCAACAUCAACUUCCUCAGGCCAAGCCAGGUGCGCCAUUUAUACGAUAGCGGAGAAACAAAAGAUAUCCAUCUGGAAAUGGAGAACCUGGUGAAUUCCCGAACCACUCCCAAGCUGACUCGAAAUGAGUCUGUAGCUCGUUCAAGCAAAUUGCUGGGGUGGUGCCAAAGGCAGACAGACGGCUAUUCAGGAGUCAAUGUGACAGAUCUCACUAUGUCUUGGAAAAGUGGCCUGGCCCUGUGUGCGAUCAUCCACAGAUACCGCCCCGAUCUAAUAGACUUUGAUGCUUUGGAUGAGCAAAACGUGGAGAAGAAUAAUCAGCUGGCCUUUGACAUCGCCGAGAAGGAACUGGGCAUCUCUCCCAUCAUGACGGGCAAGGAGAUGGCUUCGGUCGGGGAGCCAGACAAGCUGUCCAUGGUGAUGUACCUCACGCAGUUCUACGAGAUGUUCAAGGACUCGCUUUCCUCCAGCGACACCCUCGACCUGAAUGCAGAGGAGAAAGCCGUCCUGAUAGCCAGCACCAAAUCCCCCAUCUCCUUCCUGAGCAAACUCGGACAGACCAUCUCUCGGAAGCGUUCGCCCAAGGAUAAAAAAGAAAAGGAUUCAGAUGGGGCUGGAAAGAGGAGAAAAACCAGUCAGUCAGAGGAGGUGAGAUGCAUCGUGGCUUGGGUCAGGACUGAUGGGCUGAACUGUCGUUUUCAGCCAACACAAGAGCGUGGGGUCAGCCAGCCGUCCUGCUGCCUGCCAAAGCAGGGUCGCCCUGCUCCCAUCCCCCAGUGGAAACAGCGACGGGAAAAGGAGCGCUCUCGGACCUGCCCCAAAAAAGUGAUUACUCUCUCUCCUCCCCCUACUCCACCUUCCUGCCGGGCGCGCAGUGGCCAGCAGAUGUACAGGACUCUUCCUGCCGACAGCCGUGGCAAGCAGAAUCCCCACCUCAAGAGGCCAGAGCCUGAGCCUUCACGUCGAUUUUUUGUUGACCAGUGGGAGCUCUCCCUUAGCCUCCGCUCCUCCACCCGCCCUGCCUCUCCCUCCUCUGACUCCCUCCGACAGAAGUAUAUAAAGAUGUACACAGGCGGAGUGAGCUCAUUGGCUGAGCAGAUAGCCAAUCAGCUUCAAAGGAAAGAGCAACCCAAAGCCCUUCUAGACAAGAAGGAACUGGGCUCCAUAAAGAAAGAGUUCCCGCAGAACUUGGGGGGCAGCGACACAUGCUAUUUCUGCCAAAAGCGGGUCUACGUGAUGGAGAGGCUGAGCGCCGAGGGCAAGUUCUUCCAUCGUAGCUGCUUCAAGUGUGAGUACUGCGCCACCACACUGCGACUGUCAGCCUACGCCUACGACAUCGAGGAUGAGUUCUCUCCAAACCUCUGGACAUCAGCCAGCUACCAUGUUCCAGUUGCCCUACCUGCUACGGUCAUGCCCAUGUGCCUUCUGUACCAUCCAUCUCAAGUGUUCGUCUGCCUCGAGGGAGGCCCAGCAUUCAUGUCACCAGUGUUAUUCAAUGACACCAACAGUGAAGCCAAAGGAGCCCUGCAGGAUGGCCCCACUGCAGAUGCAAAUGGACUGGCCAGCAUUGCCGCCAGCUCAGCCGAGAGAAGUCCAGGUACCAGCAUGAACGGCCUGGAGGAGCCCAGCAUCGCCAAAAGGCUGAGGGGCACCCCUGAGAGGAUCGAGCUGGAGAACUACCGCCGAUCUGUGAGGCUGGUGGAGGAGCUGGAGGAGGUACCCGAGGAGACGCAGGCCGAGCAUAACCUGAGCAGCGUGUUAGACAAAGGCACCGAAGAGGAUGUGGCCAGCAGCAGUUCUGAGUCGGAGAUGGAGGAGGAGGAAGAGGAAGAUGAUGAAGAUGAUCAUCUCCCCACCUCUGACCUGGGUGGGGUUCCCUGGAAGGAGGCAGUCAGGAUCCAUGCCCUUCUGAAGGGAAGGAGUGAAGAGGAGCUGGAAGCCUCCAAGAACUUCGAGCCCGAGGAAGAGGAAGAAGAGGAAUACGAAGAAGAAGAGGAUGAAGAGUAUGAGGAGGAGGAAGAGGAGGAAUCCAGUGAAGCCGGGAACAAGAGGCUGCAGCAGAUCAUAACCGCAGCGGAUCCCUUGGCGAUCCAGGCUGAUGUGCACUGGACACACAUCCGUGAGAGAGAGGCAGAGGAGAGGAUGCUCCCAGCCUCUGAGUCCUCCACUUCUAGAGCUCCUCUAGAUGAGGAUGACCUAGAAGAGGACGGGGACUCCGAGCCAGCAGAGACUGAAGGGGAAGCCGCGGAGGAUGGGGACCCUGGAGACACCGGUGCUGAACUGGAUGAUCAGCACUGGUCUGAUGACAUCCCUUCUGAUGCUGAAGCAGAGCAUCGCUUACAGAGCCAAGCCAAGGUGAAAGCAGAGCUGGAGCUGAGAGUGUCAGAAAACGAGGAAGAGAAGCCAUCCGAUGCGCCAAAGCAAGAGGAGAGAGGUCCUUCCCAAGUCUCCAGCCCUAGCCAGCCACCUGAGAAACAAGUUGGUCUGUUUUCCCCAGCCCACAGCCCUGGGACAGAGGAGGCCAAAUCCCCACUUGCCACCAAGGUAAAGUCCCCCGAGGAGCCACUUUUCCCCACGCUCCUCAGAGAAAAGCCUAAAGCUGAAGUCCCUGAAGAACAGAAAGCUGUGCUCUCGCCCAUCCGGUCACAGCCUGUGGCCCUGCCAGAAGCCAGGUCACCUACCUCACCCACCAGCUUACAGCCAGAGUCUCUGUUGGCCCCUCCCACUCCUCCCACACCUCCCCCCACCCAACUCCCCAUCUGUUCCCAACCUCAGCCCUCCUCGGAUGCCUCCAUCCCAUCGCCCACCAAGUCCCCCAUACGCUUCCAGCCAGUUCCAGCCAAAACAUCCACACCCCUCACCCCACUCCCCGUGAAGAGCCAAGGAGACCCCAAAGACAGACUGAGUGGCCCCCUGGUUGUGGAGGAGGUCUUAAAGCGGAGCGAUCUGGUGGAAGAAUUCUGGAUGAAGAGUGCUGAGAUCCGCCGCAGCCUGGGCCUUACUCCCGUGGACCGGAGCAAGGGGUCAGAGCCCAGCCUCCCCACCCCUGCCUCGAAGCCAAUAUCCCUAAAGUCCUACUCAGUUGACAAGUCACCUCAGGAUGAGGGUCUCUGCCUUCUGAAACCUCCAUCGGUUCCUAAAAGGUUGGGCCUGCCAAAGUCAGCCGGUGACCAGCCCCCACUGCUGACCCCAAAGUCGCCCUCCGACAAGGAGCUGAGGAGCAGCCAGGAGGAGCGAAGGGACCUGUCCAGCAGCUCAGGCCUGGGCCUCCAUGAUAGCUCCUCCAACAUGAAGACCUUGGGCAGCCAGAGCUUCAACACUUCGGACUCCACCAUGCUCACCCCACCUUCCAGCCCACCCCCACCCCCACCCCCCAACGAGGAGCCUGCAACCCUUAGAAGGAAACCCCAUCAGACUUUCGAGCGCAGGGAGGCCUCAAUUAUCCCCCCUCCCACCCCUGCCUCAUUCAUGCGGCCCCCACGGGAGCCGGCCCAGCCCCCCAGAGAGGAGGUUCGGAAGUCCUUCGUGGAGAGCGUGGACGAGAUCCCCUUUGCUGAUGAUGUGGAGGACACUUACGAUGAUAAGACAGAGGACUCCAGUCUGCAGGAGAAGUUCUUCACACCCCCUUCCUGCUGGUCCCGCUCGGAGAAGCUCCAGGCCAAGGAGAACGGGCGACUCCCACCCCUGGAGCAGGACGUGCCACCACAGAAAAGGGGACUGCCCCUGGUCUCCGCGGAAGCCAAGGAGCUGGCCGAGGAGCGCAUGCGUGCCCGGGAGAAGUCUGUGAAGAGCCAGGCAUUGCGAGAUGCCAUGGCUAAACAGCUGAGCCGGAUGCAGGCCAUGGAGAUGGUGUCCUCCAGGUCCCGCACGGCACAAUCGCAGGGCAAGGAACUAGGGUCCGAGUCCACCAGGCACCCAAGCCUCCGAGACACCCAGGAGCCCACCCUGAAGCAUGAAGCCACCAGCGAAGAGAUCCUCUCCCCUCCGUCCGACUCAGGUGGCCCCGAUGGCUCCGUCACCUCAUCUGAGGGCUCCAGUGGAAAGAGCAAAAAGAGGUCGUCGCUCUUCUCCCCACGCAGGAAUAAGAAAGAGAAGAAAACCAAAGGGGAAGCCCGGCCCCCNGAGAAACCCAGCCCAGGCCUCCCAGAAGAUGUGGUAGCCAAGCCCAAGUCCCUGUGGAAAUCCGUCUUCUCUGGGUACAAGAAGGACAAGAAGAAAAAGAGCGAUGAGAAAUCAUGUUCCAGCACGCCGUCCAGUGGCGCCACGGUGGACUCCGGCCAGCGCAGGGCAUCUCCAAUGGUGAGAACAGAGCUGCAGCUCCGGCGCCAGCUGAGUUUCUCAGAGGACUCAGACCUGUCCAGUGAUGACAUCCUUGAGAGGUCUUCCCAGAAGUCCAAGCGAGAGCCCAGAACCUACACAGAGGAGGAGCUGAGUGCCAAGCUGACGAGGCGUGUGCAGAAGGCAGCUCGGAGACAGGCUAAGCAGGAGGAACUGAAGCGGCUGCACCGAGCCCAGAUCAUCCAGCGGCAACUAGAGCAAGUGGAAGAGAAACAGAGGCAGCUGGAGGAGAGGGGCGUUGCAGUAGAGAAGGCUCUUCGAGGCGAAGCAGGCAUGGGCAAAAAGGAUGACCCCAAGCUGAUGCAGGAGUGGUUCAAGCUGGUGCAGGAGAAGAACGCCAUGGUGCGCUACGAGUCAGAGCUGAUGAUUUUUGCCCGGGAGCUGGAGCUGGAAGACCGGCAGAGCCGGCUACAACAGGAGCUGAGGGANCGGAUGGCNGUGGAAGAUCACCUGAAGACCGAGGGGGAGCUUUCGGAGGAGAAGAAGAUCCUGAACGAGAUGCUGGAGGUGGUGGAGCAGAGAGACUCGCUGGUGGCCCUGCUGGAGGAGCAGCGACUGCGGGAGAAAGAGGAGGACAAGGACCUGGAGGCCGCCAUGCUAUGCAAAGGCUUCAGCCUGGACUGGUCCUGAGCCNGCCUGCCAUUGUGUCUGGUAGAUUGGCACCCACCUGACCCGGCUGCGUUCUCCCAAACCACUGGAUCCAGGUUCAGAAGAGGCCUGGCAUCCCUGGAGAAGCCGUGCUCAGACACCAUGCUGUGGGAAAACCCCAGGUGAGGGUUAUCAUCUGAGGUGACUCCACCUCUGAGGAGAGGCGCCUUCCCCCACCCCAGACUUCCCACUCAGGAGGGAGGAGAUGGGUGUGUUUGAUGUGUGCCCCAGGGGGAAAACGCCUUCGGGUCUCUGAGGGCUUGCUGCCUGGCACCUCUUUCAAGUGGCUCCUCUUCAGAGCCACUGCCACCACAGAGCACCUGCAGAGCAGAGCAGCCAUUGCCCUCAUGCUCCCUGAAGCACCACCAAAGAGAGUACAGAGGCACCUUCAGGAGAGGGCUGUGGAUGGAGAUCCAGCAGGGAGCAACCCCCUACAGGGGUAAUGCUCACCCUGUCAGGGCAGGGGAAGUAAGCAGGUUCAUUAUGCAAGUCAGGAGGGCGCAGGAGGGGCCUGCCCCACCACACACUGGAUCCCCAGUGGCCAAGUGCCCCGGGCCUCUCACAUGGACAGUGGCCUG